AUUGUCAUUUAUGAAUAAUUCCUUAAAUUAAAAUCAGCAUUACACUAUUACUGAUUGUGGAUUGAUUGAUUUUUGCAAGCGGCUAGUUGUAGUUUUUAAGUGGCAGUAAACAGAGUACAAAAUAGAUUUCUCGCCUUCACAUUCAGGUAAGAUGAGUCGAUCGAUCGAUGACUCCAAGAUGAGAACGAGCUGCAAUUUGAUGGAAGGGGUGGACAUACAUGAUGAUGGAGUUGCAACGAAAGGCAGCGGGAUAUUUGUGAUAAAAACCAACCACAUUGCAUAAAUAUAAUCUCCUUAAUAGCUGUAACUGACAACGAAGAAUAUCAGCACGAUAUGCAGUUAUGAAGCGGGUACGCACGGAGCAGAUCCAGUACACGGUAUCUCAGUACCUGAAGCGAAGGCAGUAUGUGGACACUGAAAGUUCCCUGAAGGGGGCUAAACUGUCCCAGUCCGCAGAGGAGAUGGCUGCCAACCUCACAGUGCAGACAGAGUCGGGGUGUGCAAACAUUGUCUCUGCUGCCCCUUGUCAAGCUGACCCUCAACAGUACGAGACACAAUUUUCCAGACUACGCAAUUUUCUCUCAGAAGCGGCGUUGCCAUGGGGCCAGGAGGUGAGCUGCGUCCUGUACCCGCUCUUUGUUUACCUCCACCUGGACAUGGUGCGCUGCAGCCUGAAGGGGGCAGUGGACGGCUUCUACAGCCGCUUCCACAGCCUCUUCCUGGGGGACGCCGAGCAGCGCUCCACCGUGGAGCAGCUUCGCCACGUCCUCACCCAGCAGGAUGUCACCGCCAACCCCAAGCUCCUGGCCUUCCUCGACCACAAGUACGUGGUGCACCUGACGGAGCCGGCCUACAGUUACUUGUUACGAUACCUGCAGAGCGAAGACAACAGUACCCUCUGCAGGGCCCUCAGCACCCACGUCCAGGUAGAGGUCACCUCCUCGCCACGCACCGACUACCAGCUCUACGGGACGACGGGUGCUGGAGCCGCUGGGGCCGGGGCCGCAGCCACGGCCCCCAACUCUACCUCCUCGUGGUCAGGCGCGGAAGGCCCUGAGGGAGGGGAGGCGGCUGUGGUGGAGGUCCCCACGGGGAUCCCGCAGAGCGAGGCGGCCCUGGAGUCGCUGCAGGACUGCAUUAAGAAGGUGCGCGAGGGGCCACCGUCACUCACCACCGUGUGCUUCUACGCCUUCCAGCACACGGAGCAGCUGCUGAACGCGGCGGAGGUGUCGGCCGACAGCAAGCUGCUGGCCGCCGGGUUCGACAGCUCGGCUGUCAAGCUGUGGAGCCUUAGGGCCAGGAAACUGAAGGCCAGGCCACACCGGGCCGACGUGUCGCACAUCCGCCUGGCCUGUGAUGUGCUGGAAGAGGAGGCAGAUGAAGAGGACGGCUCGGGCAGCGAGAUCAAGACCCUGCGCGGCCACAGCGGCCCGGUGUUCCGCACGGCGUUCCUGACAGACAGCUCGGGCCUGCUGUCCUGCUCGGAGGACACGUCCAUUCGCUACUGGGACCUGGGCAGCUUCACCAACACGGCCCUCUACCAGGGCCACGCCUACCCCGUCUGGGACGUGGACGUCAGCCCCUGCAGCCUCUACUUCGCCAGUGGCUCGCACGACCGCACCGCCCGCCUCUGGACCUUCUCCAGGACCUACCCCCUGAGGCUCUACGCCGGCCACCUAGCGGAUGUGGACUGCGUCAAGUUCCACCCCAACUCAAACUACCUGGCCACAGGCUCCACGGAUAAAACCGUCCGCCUCUGGAGUACCCAGCAGGGGGCUUCAGUGCGCCUGUUCACAGGCCACCGCGGCCCCGUGUUAUCCGUAGCCUUCGCGCCCAAUGGGAAGUACCUGGCGUCUGCGGGCGAGGACCAGCGGGUGAAGCUGUGGGACCUGGCCUCAGGUGCUCUGGUCAAGGACCUGAGGGGCCACACGGACAGUGUCACCAGCCUGUCGUUCAGCCCCGACAGCAGCCUGGUGGCCUCCUCCUCCAUGGACAAUUCAGUCAGGGUGUGGGACAUCCGAAACUCCCAUGGGGCGACCCACGCGGAUGGCUCAUCCAGCGAGCUGGUGGGGCUCUACACGGGCAACACCAGCAAAGUUCUCAACGUCCAGUUCAUGGCCUGUAACUUGCUCCUGGUGACGGGAACAGCGCAGGAGAAACAUGGACAGUAGCCAUUUUGUUUUGUCUGGCCUGUCUGUUUGUUUAGUUUAAAAGACUGUUGUCUGGAGGGUCUCAUCUCAGACAUGGUCACCAUGGAAACAUACAUGUUUUCUUCCCUAAGCCAAUCACAGAGGUUUAAUUUCAGGUCAAAAGGUCACUUGCUAAAAUUGCCCACUCAAGAAGUUGUUUUUGACAAGCUCUCUGAGUAGAUUAAGAGAUGCUAAUCUGAACAUACUGCAACAAAUGACUUGGUUUUAUUUUGAUGCUUAUAUCCACAAUUCCAAAAUGAGAAGUUACAUGUAAGAGGGUAGAUUCAUAGGAAAGGACAUUUGAUUUAUGGCAUUAUCACUGAGAACUACCUGAUGGGUU